AUGGCCCGGACGAAGCAGACAGCUCGCAAGUCUACCGGCGGCAAGGCACCGCGGAAGCAGCUGGCCACCAAGGCAGCGCGAAAAAGCGCUCCCGCGACUGGCGGUGUGAAGAAGCCCCAUCGCUAUCGGCCAGGCACGGUGGCCUUGCGCGAGAUCCGCCGUUAUCAGAAGUCAACUGAACUGCUCAUCCGCAAACUGCCAUUUCAGCGCCUGGUGCGAGAAAUCGCGCAGGAUUUCAAAACCGACCUACGUUUCCAGAGCUCGGCGGUGAUGGCGCUGCAAGAGGCGUGCGAGGCCUAUCUGGUGGGGCUCUUUGAGGACACCAACUUUUGUUUAGUACGAGCCAUGUCCGGGCGCGGCAAAGGCGGGAAGGGUCUGGGCAAAGGAGGCGCUAAGCGCCACCGCAAAGUUCUGCGCGACAACAUUCAGGGCAUCACCAAGCCCGCCAUCCGACGCCUGGCACGGCGUGGAGGCGUUAAGCGCAUCUCAGGCCUUAUAUACGAGGAAACGCGCGGAGUUCUUAAAGUAUUUUUGGAGAAUGUAAUCCGCGAUGCAGUUACCUACACGGAGCACGCCAAACGCAAGACAGUCACGGCCAUGGACGUGGUUUAUGCGCUCAAGCGCCAGGGCCGCACCCUCUAUGGCUUUGGCGGCUGAGUGUUUUACUUACACGGUUCCUCAAAGGCCCUUCUCAGGGC